AUGCUCUUCCAAUCAGUCUUCUUCGCUCCUCUUCUUUCACUCCUUGCCCAGAGAGUCGCGGGCACUCCAACCUUACACGACCAUUCUCUCGCACAUCACAAGCGAGCGACUUGUACUCCCAAAUCAGCCGGCUCAGCUUCAACAGACGAUGUCCCCACCAUCGUCGCAGCGCUAAAGCAAUGCGGCAAUGGUGGAGUCAUCGUGUUCCCCAAAGACACUACCUACAUGAUCAGAACCAAACUCAGUCUUACCGGCUGCACCAACUGCGAAAUCCAACUCGACGGCCGACUUAAACUCUCGGAUGAUUACACGUUUUGGAACAACUCUCGUACUCAAAUUGACGUCCGCGGCAUUAACGGGCUUAAGUUUCAUAGUCCUGCUGGUACCGGGGAGAUUGAUGGUAAUGGACAAGCUGCGUGGGAUCGCUUUGGAUCAGUUGGUGAUUUGAAGAGGCCUGUUAUGUUCGCCGUUGAGGGGUCUACUGAUGUUGAAGUCAACGGCUUUCUUAUGAAGAACGCUCAGAACGUCUUUGUUGAUAUCGGUUCCAACAGCGAGAGGGUCAAGUUCCUCAACAUGGAUUUGACCGCCAUCAGCAAGUCAAGCUACCCACCGAAGAACACCGAUGGGUUCGAUAUUGGAGCAUCCAAGUACACGACCCUUUCGAACAUCUUUAUCCAGAAUGAGGAUGAUUGCGUUGCAUUCAAAGCAGGCUGUGAUCAGGUCACCAUCACUGACAUAACCUGUCAGGGAUCCCACGGUCUAUCAGUCGGUUCUCUGGGCAAGACAAACACUGAUACAGUCGCCAACGUCUAUGUGAGAAAUGCCACCAUGAAAGGCGCUACGAAAGCGGCUGGUAUCAAGAUUUACCCCGGUGGUCCUGAUCACGGAACUGCUGUUGUCCGUAACGUUACCUGGGACGGUGUUAUCGUCGACAACUGCGGUGCUGCAUUCGAGUUUGAUGCUUGCUACAACGAAGACGAGUCUUAUUGUAAACAGCAUCCAAGUACUGCGCAGGUGUCUGAGAUUUACGUCAGGAACUUCUCGGGCAAGACUAGUACCAAGUAUGCGCCUACUACCGGCCAUCCAAAAACCCCACCACCCAGUGAAGCACGAGCAGACGAGGUGAUAUUCCCCCCAGAAACCAACUUUGACGAUUUUAUGAUCUCUCUGGUCUACCGCAACCUUGGUCAUAUCACCAAGUUCCGAGUAUCCCAAACUCCACGGAUCAAGCGGAACAGACCCGCUGUAUCAUGCUCAACGUGUCGUGCGCGCAAGCAGAAAUGCGACCGACAACAACCAUGCGGUCCAUGUCAGAAGCGUGGUGUCCAGAAUUCAUGUCACCUAGAUCCAACUUCGCGACCGCCCGCCGCUUCGCUGGCCAAUCGUGUUGAUAGUCGAGUCCAGGAUGAGCUUAGGCAGAUGCAGAGCCUCCUCCAGAGUCUCCUCAGUCAGCCUAACCAGGACCAAGUAGCAACAUCCUGCGAAAACCUAGCCGCGGGUGUGGAUCGCAUUCGGCAGGCUAUCAAUUACAGGGCUGUGACGGCUCCGCAAGUGGACCAACCUCCAGACAUCGUAUUUGGAUCUCUCGCCAAAGCUACCUUAGAAGAUGUUCUGGCGGCUUUGCCAUCCCGCCAGGAUUCUGACAAUAUUGUCUUGACAUACCUCAACGCAAGACAUAUUGCUGUACCAUUCAUUCAUAUCCACCAAUUCCGCAGACAGUACGAAGCCUUUUGGAACAACCCUGAAUCUGCGAACCUUCUGUGGGCAAGUAUCCUAUUCUCAGUCCUCGCGGUUGGUGCCAUCAUGCCUGAUGGCAGGGGAAACCAUCACCAAUCUUCAGCAUUUAUUUCCAUGUCAGCCCGAUGUCUUAUAUCCGGUCAGUACAGCACCGCGACUGAAUUCUCUGUUGAAGCCUUGGCUAUGCAUCUUCAUGCACGAUGUUUCCAUCAAGAGGACAGGGACAUCAAUCUGUCCCAGCUUCAUGCUUUGACUGUUCGUAUCGCGCAACAACGGUGUUAUCAUGUGGAUGGAGGCGACUACUUACAGGCUCUGACACCCUUUCAAGUCGAAAUGAGACGGCGCAUUUGGUAUUAUCUCCAGUACUACGACGUCUUGCUAUCUCUUGAGCAUGGACUACCGCCACUGAUACACGAAGAUACGUACUCUGUCGGCCAUCCAACAAACGUCACAGAUGACGAGUUUGAUGAAGAAACCAAAGUCAUCUUCGCUAGUCCAGUGACAGAGGCCAAUGCUGCGCUCCCCUGCGUAUACAUGUCCCGACUAUUGCCAAUUCUGAGAAACAUCAUUCGCCACGCCCUUGGUUUCAAGACCUGCAACUAUACGGACGCCCUUUUCCUCAAAUCGCAGCUUGAGGCAUGGUACAGAUCGAUUCCACUCUGCCUCCGCGUGCAUUCCAUCAAGGAUGCUUGCCUGACAAAUACUACUUUCACCGCUUUACAACGUAUCUUAUUUCAGCUCAUCUACAACACAGGAAUCGCACUCAUAUAUCGUCCAUUCCUCAAUAUCAUGAGCCUUGAGAAUAGAUAUUGCGAAACUGCGCUUGACAUGUCUCGCAAGAAUGCACUAAGAUCUAUUGAAGUAUACAUAGAGGUUGAUCAAGAGAUGCAGAGAGGGGGAAGACUCUAUAACGAUCCACAAGUCAAGGCUAACUUACCCGUCAAUGACUUCUUUAUAACAAUGAUAAUGGCACCACUGGAGUUCUUCGGUUGCCCCAACUUACCGCAAAGCCAAAAGGGCUAUAUCAUCCAUACACUCGAAACGGCAGCACAGCUGUGGCCUACGAGAUCAUGUGUCUCUUCAUACGCCCUUGAAAGUUCGCGACUGCUUCAGGUCAUUCUGGCAGACAUCCAUUCGUCAACCUCAAUUGAGCAUCCUAUAUACCCAAACAUCUCUGACUCAAGCCAAGAAAGUGCUUUACUACAAACUUUUGGGACUUACGGACCAAGAGGCGAUGAUGCCUGUGAAUUCGACAACUACCCGUGGAACACCACUACCAUGUCGGAUUCGGUUUGUGCACAUUUCCACAUACGGAGACACGCCACUGACGAGACCUAG